AUGCCUAUGGCUGCGUUCCAAACGCCUUCCGCGAUCACGUCCAGGCCUCCAGUGGGUUUGCCUAGCAAUCUCGAGUCCAAUCGACGGCAACUUCACAAGUCUGAAUGUCCCAACCAUUUGGAAACAGACUACUGCAAUUGUCCGUGGCGUGUCGAUAAUCCCAGCGAUCCCCAUAAUCAGACUACGGACCAUUUCCCGCAUUGCCGCAACGCCGCUGGCCAAGAUUUAUGCUUUUGUCCCCUGCGUACUCGCCCUGUGACGCCCCCGCUGGUCAUUCCAGGCGGACCUGGGUAUUCUUCGCCUUCUGGGUCAUCGACGGUGAUGACACCACCCCCAGCAUGGAAACCCGCGUAG